AUACGUUAUUUGUCAGACCAGAACAAAAAAUUGAGUGAUGAAGUGCGUGAUCUCAAGUCACAAUGGGGCCGAGGCUCAGAUAAAGUAAAGCAGCUCUACGAUGAUGAGCAGCGGUCCCUCCGCAACUUAGUUGAUACGGCAGAACGGGAGAAAGCUGAUUCGCUGGCCCAACUUGCAUCGCUAAAGCAGACAAUCCGGAACCAGGAAAGCGAGUAA